AUGUUUGAGCGUCGUGCAGCAGAUCGAUAUCGCCUGCGAAUGCACCGUGCGCGGACUGUCGCAUUAACAAACGACGAAAUCGUGGAGGUGCGAGCGGCACAGCGGACUUUUGAAGGGGCAUACAUCCGAACAGCGCUCUCGCAGUUCUCUUUCGCCCUCGUGGUCUUGAAGAUCUUUACCAAUGAAUUCUACAGCACCGGAGCCCUAUUCGCGGUAUACGGCACGGGGGUGCUUAUAAUCGGUCUCUUCCGACGCCAGCAGGGCAACCGACAGUUCUUCUCCGAAGUAGGAGAAGACGGAGUCCAUCGGCAUAAAUUCAGAACAAGCGGAAAUGCAGUGGUGAUCCUGACGGCUCUGAGUAUCGCCGCCUACGCCACGCUUAUCGCUUUGACGCUGAGGCUGGACAAGUAG